CAAUGUCCGAGUAAAGAUGGCCGAAGGAGGAGCGGCUGAUCUGGAUACUCAGAGAGGAGAGGUCGCGGCACUGUUGAAAACACAGCUAAGAAAGGGAGACACUUGGUAUUUAGUGGACAGUCGCUGGUUCAAACAGUGGAAGAAAUAUGUGGGAUUUGACAGCUGGGACAAAUACCAGAUGGGUGACCAGAAUGUUUACCCAGGACUGGUGGACAACUCCGGCCUUCUCAAAGAUGGGGACGUGUUGGCCAUCAAGGAGCACCUCAUCGAUGAGCUGGACUACAUCCUGGUUCCAACAGAAGGCUGGAACAAGCUCGUCAGCUGGUAUGGACUGACAGAAGGCCAGGAGCCAAUCGCACGCAAGGUGGUGGAGCAGGGUAUGUUUGUGAAGCACUGUAAGGUGGAGGUGUACCUGACGGAGCUGAAGCUUUGUGAAGACAGCAACAUGGACAACGUGAUCACCAGGCGCUUCAGUAAAGCUGACACAAUAGAUAUGAUAGAGAAAGAAAUGAGGAAGCUGUUCAGCAUCCCUGAUGACAAGGAGACCAGACUGUGGAACAGGUACAUGAGCAACACCUUCGAGCCUCUCAACAAACCGGACAGCACCAUUCAAGACGCCGGCCUCUAUCAAGGACAGGUUCUCGUAAUAGAGCAGAAGAGCCAAGACGGCACGUGGCCCCGAGGCACCAUGGCGACCAAGUCAUCUGGUGCUUCCAAUCUCUCUGCUUUGCCAAAGAUCUCGCCUUCAUCUCUCACAAACAAUCAUAACAGCAGCUUCAACAGCAGGAAUGUGAAGAACUCGAGUUACAGUCUGCCUUCGUACCCGUCGUACUGCAACAGCUAUGACUACUCGGACCAGAACCGACAGAGCGAGCGCUCGGGGCUCUGUGGACUCUCCAACCUGGGAAACACCUGCUUCAUGAACUCUGCCGUGCAGUGUUUAAGCAAUAUCCCCCCGCUGACGGAGUACUUCCUCAAGGAUAAAUAUAGAGACGAGCUGAAUGAAGACAACCCCCUUGGCAUGAAGGGGGAGAUCGCCAGAGCCUACGCUGAGCUCAUCAAGCAGCUGUGGUCGGGAAAAUACAGCUACGUCACGCCAAGACCCUUCAAGACGCAGGUGGGCCGCUUCGCCCCUCAGUUCUCAGGCUACCAGCAGCAGGACUCCCACGAGCUGCUGGCCUUCCUCCUGGACGGCCUUCACGAGGACCUGAACCGCAUCAGGAAGAAGCCCUACAUCCAACUCAAGGACGCGAAUGGACGGCUCGAUAAGGUCGUGGCGGAGGAGGCGUGGGAGAACCACAUCAAGCGGAACGACUCGAUCAUCGUGGACAUCUUCCACGGCCUUUUCAAGUCCACUCUGGUCUGUCCCGUGUGCGCCAAGGUCUCCGUGACCUUCGACCCUUUCUGCUACCUGACGCUGCCACUGCCCAUGAAGAAGGAGCGAACGCUCGAGGUCUACCUGGUCAGGCUGGACCCCCUGGCUAAACCCACGCAGUACAAGCUGACUGUGCCAAAGGUGGGCUACAUCUCUGACCUGUGCACGUCCCUCUCCUGCCUGUCUGGGGUCCCUGCUGAGAAGAUGAUUGUAACCGACAUUUACAACCACCGUUUCCACCGAAUCUUUGCCACGAACGAGAACCUCAGCAGCAUCAUGGAGCGGGACGACAUUUACGUCUUCGAGGUGGCGGUGAACCGAGUGGAGGACACGGACCACGUGGUGAUCCCGGUCCACCUGAGGGAGAAGUACAAGCAGUCGGGUUACAACCACACCAGCACGCCUCUGUUUGGGUUGCCCUUCCUCCUCGCCGUCCCCCGAACGCUGAGCGAAGACAAACUCUACAACAUGCUGUUCCUACGGCUCUGCCGGUUUGUGCGAUCGUCCGUAGAGGAGGACGAGGAGGAGGGCGAAGAGACGCAGCCGUCCAAACAUCACACUGUGAACGGAAACGCCACCAACGGGCUGCUGGAGGAGGGCUCGCCCAGCGAGAUGGAGACAGACGAGCAGGACGACGAGUCCAGCCAGGACCAGGAGCUGCCGUCGGAGAACGAGAACAGCCAGUCGGAGGAGUCGGUGGGCGGAGACAACGAGCUGGAGAACGGCGUGGUGGCCCCGCCGAGCUCCACUAAAGCACAGCAGACGUCCGGCCACAACCGGAGGAGACUCUUCACAUUCCAGUUCAACAACAUGGGCAAGACGGACUUCUCCCUCAUCAAGGAGGACACCAAGCUGAUCCGCUUCGACGAGGCUCACCUCAGACUGAGCGACCGCUCCUAUCUCUCUUUGGACUGGGAGCCAGAGAUCAAGAAGAAGUAUUUCGACGAAACAGUCGUUGAGGACUUUGAGAAGCAUGAAAGCAUGGAGUACAAGCCUCAGAAGAAGGCUUUCUUCAAGCUGAAGGACUGCAUCGAGCUGUUCACCACCAAGGAGAAGCUGGGAGCCGAGGACCCCUGGUACUGUCCAAACUGCAAGCAGCACCAACAAGCAACCAAGAAGCUGGACCUGUGGUCCUUACCUCCGGUUCUGGUGGUCCACCUGAAACGCUUCUCUUACAGUCGCUACAUGAGGGACAAGCUGGACUCGCUGGUGGACUUUCCUCUCAGAGAUCUGGACAUGUCCGAGUUCCUGAUCAACCCCAACGCCGGGCCGUGUCGCUACGACCUCAUCGCCGUGUCCAACCACUACGGCGGGAUGGGAGGAGGCCACUAUACGGCGUACGCUAAGAACAAGGACGACGGGAAGUGGUACAACUUCGACGACAGCAGCGUGUCUCCUGCCAGCGAGGAUCAGAUCGUGUCGAAAGCUGGCUACGUGUUGUUCUACCAGCGCCAAGACACGGUGAAAGGCACCGGCUACUUUGCUCUCGACCGUGAUGAGGAGGAGGAGGAGGAAGAAGAGGAGGAGGAAGGUGAGGAGGAAAACGAGGCAGAGGAGCUGCAGGACAGAAAGACCGUCUCGUCCGCUCAGGGCGCCGCCGCCCAAAGCGACGACGAGGAGGAGGAGCUAAAUGAGAACGGGAGCCGGAAGAACGACCAGGAGGAGGAGGAGGAGGAGGAGGAGGAGGAGGACGAAGAGGAGCGGGCAUCCAGUCGGGACGUAACCAUGAAAACCAACUGAGGCGGCCGGGCGACAAACGGAGAAUGGGGAUCUCUCCAUCCAAAGCCAUACGGUCAGAGCGUGGCAGCAGGUGCCACCGGGCCCAGCCGGCGCUUUGGACUCAGCCGCUCCACGGGCCGAGCCGCCGGGGUACGCGUCUGAGGAGUCAGGACCCUCCUGUGGGUGGAUCACAGUGUGCGUGUGUGUGUGUGUGUGUGUGCGGAGUGUGUGUCGCGGGCCGAUCUGUGAGUCGGCUUUUUUUAAACUCUCAGUUCUCAACAGUCAUUGUCUGCAUAUCAGUUUAAGUAUUAUUUAGAUUUUGUAAAUACUUUUAAAAUCACUGAAUUCUCGUGAUGCGCUGAAAUGUUUUGAACUUGCACAAUCACCAACCAUCCACUACUUUUUUUUUUAUGUUUUAUGCCAGACUAACUGCAGUUUUCUCUCCUGAAGCAGCUUUAAGACGCAUCUUUAGGAAAAGACAUGACGCAGAGUCAUGUGGUUUUAGCUGCUGCUGUUUUUGGACGACGUAACUCCUAUUAAAAACACAAAAAGAAGCAGAGUUUAACCUGCUGGGUGAACUUGUUUUAGUUACAAAAAUGAGUUAAAAAUAAAUGUUUUAGUUAAUCAUUCGAACCUGGCAGCCGUCUAAAGCUUUACAAUGUUUUCAAUUCAAGGCGCAACAUUUGUUUUAUUUAUUUAUUAUUUUUUGUUUUGUUUGUUUCAUCUUUUAAAAAUCACCUCGGCCUUAAACUCUUGACAUCGUCGCCUUUUCUUUGCACGGCGUCGCUCACGGCCUCACAGGCUUUGUGUACGAAUGUCUGAAAGGUUUUUGUCUCACAUCAGGGCCAGAAUGUACGGAAUGAACACAGACCACAUGUAUGUGACUAACGAUGCCUUUUUUUUUAAUACGACCCCCUUCUUCUUCUUUUUCUUUUUUCUGAAAACAGGUUGCUCGCCUUCGGUUCUGGCUGUGUUUUCACAGGAUGAGUUUUUAUUUUGUAAUCCUGCUCUCUGAGUCGGGCGUUACUGAACUGAAUCUUUAGCUCGUUCUGAAACUGUUGUUUUUUUUUCCUCCCUGUCGGCUCCACUGUAAACAACAUACUUGUUGCCUCCGAACAUGCGAUGCCUUCAUGAGCAUCUUUGUGCUUCGUCAGCUCAGCCGCCGUGCUUUUUUUAAAAAAUUUUCUUCUUCAGGUCGACUCAACACCCCCCCCUCUUCCAUCUUGACCGAUCGAGACGUGAUUGCUACUUUAAGAUGAUACAAUAUUGUACAGACGAGUUCACUCUGUGAGUGCACAUUUGAUAAAGUUUAUUUAUUUAUAUGUAAGCAUUUAAUAAUAAACAGUAUAUUAAAAAAAAAACCUUGGCAAGACCCCAAACGUCUGGACAGAAAACACUAGUCGCAAAGUCUUGUCAGGGUGGGAAUAUUUUUUUAGGGGGAAAAAAAAGGAUGAAUCUCUUGUUUUGGGAUUUUUUUUUUUUUUUUUGUAAAAGAAAUAAUUCAGGCGUCCUUGCAUGAUGAUGUAUUGGGGAUUUGAGGUUUGACUGCACUUAAGUUCACUUGGGUUUACAUUUGAAAUGUGCAUGUGUAUUUAUACACAAUCUACAAUAAAGUUGUGUAAAGCUU